CGCCGCGUGGGGCCGCCUGAGGCUCGUCAGGCGCUGGCACCUCUUCCAUGGCUCGUUGAAUAGAAGGCGACAGUGGUGAAGACGAUGGUGCUCGCUAAAGUUAUUGAAGCACGAGAUACCGAGCUGAACCAGUUAUAGUGGCGAGAUUCUGUGUGGUAUCGACUUGACGGUGACUGGAGACUUGAGAGACUGAUCGAUACAUCUGAUCAACAAGUGGCUCAUCUGUUUUCUUCGCCCACGUGCCAUUGAACAGUCGUCGAGAAAUUUCAUCAGUCAUCAGUCGCCAGCUAAUCAUCAACCAUCACUCAUUAGUCGCCAGCUGGUGUAAUCAAGCACCAGUCGCCUUCCAGUUCACUCAACCACCAGCGCCGGCCUUCACGGGCCACAUUUUGCAGAAGCGCAGACCUCCGCGCAGAAACUCCAACGUCCAUCUCUGGCGCCUUCCGCGGGUGGCCAACUGGCCAAGAGUGACUCACUCGUCGCCGGCGUCGCCCUCGCCGCGACUGUCGACAGCGCCAGCGCCGCCAGGCACGUGGCUGAGACGUCGACAGUGCGCGCCGCACAGGGACGGGGCGCGGAGCGAGCCGAGAGGGGCGCGGAGCGAGCCGAGAGGAGUGCGGAGCGAGCCGAGAGGAGUCUGAUCUCUGGCACUCGGGAGGUGAACAGAGGGGCGCUGAGCAGUGGUGAGGUGAAGGAGUUGUCAGCAGACGUGCUGAGAGGCUGAGUUGUGAUAAGUGCGGUGAGAUACCGGUGAAUUGUGAGCUGCCGAAGUGAGCAACUGGAGGAAAGCUGUUGAGAACCACGCAGUGAAGUCUGAAUGCUGGAAGCCUGUAAUCGAACACAGUGAUCUAGGCCUAGUUUAUCUCAGCCAGAGUUUUGACCUGGAAUAUUAGAGUGGAAUCUCAAUCUGAGGACGUCACCUAACCACCAAGCUCACCGAAAGUCAAUCACUUGACUGAACCAGCAGCUCACACCCUCUCCAGGAUGGCCCGCUCAUGCAGCUCGGUCGACCACCCUGACCUGGACUCGGGCCUGGAAGAUGACCUGGUCUCCUCGGUGGGUGACGUCCGCUCCGUCUCUGACCUCGAGCUGGACACGGCGCCGGUGACUCGCGCCAGACGAUCGCCGCCAGUGUCACCUCACCUCAAGUCCUUCCUGCGGGCGAUGAGGACGCCGAAGCUGUGCCGGACUGCGGAGGGGGGUUACGAGCUCGCUGAGGGUGGUGAAGGGAAGGCCGAAGAGCCGGAUCUCGAGUGGGAGUGGUGGGAGGGGCAGUGCAGCUUCCUGGGAGCAGGAGUGGGCGAGGGAGACGUCUUCUCGUGGCACCUGGAUACAAUGGAGAAGGUACACGUGCUGGAGCGACAAGUCACCGUGCUGGCGGAGAACCAGAACAACAACGAUGACCGCUACACGCGCAGCAAAGAGGAGAACGCCGCUCUGCAGGCGCGCCUCAUCAUGCUCGAGGAACAGCUCCGUGAGGUGGAGCUGCGCUCAGCGGAGCAGCUGGAUGCGGAGAAAAGGAGACACAAGGAGCUAAUCCAGCGCCUGGAGCGGGAGAAGACGCUGGAGCUGGAGAACCAGAGCAUCAGACUGCAGAGUCUGGAGAAGGAGGUCCGGUUCGCGGAGACAGAGGCGGCUCGCGCUCGCCAGCAGCUCGAGUCGGUGUGCGCAGAGCGUGCCUCCCAGGAGGAGCGGCUGGCUCAGCUGACUGCCAGCCUGGAGACGGCGCGCCAGGAGAGCAGGAGCGCCGUCGAGCUGGAGCGGCGCGGCCGCGAGCAGCUGGAGCAGGAGCGAGCCGCCCAGUCUCAGAUGAUGUCUGAGCUGUCCAGUGAGCUGGCCGACACGCGCCAGCAGGCCAGUCUGCGUCUGAAGACCGAGUCGGACGAGGCAGGUCUGAUGCGACUGAGGCAGACGGAGCUGGAGGCAGAGCUGAGGCAGCUCCGACAGCAGAACAGAGAGCUGCAGGAGAGUCACGACGAGCUGCAGGCGCAGCUACUCUCCAGCGGACUCCAGGAGGGCCGACAGCUGCUGGAGUCGGGACCCAAGAGUCUGGCGCUGGAGCUGGAGGACCUCUCUGGCGAGCAGGUGGAUGCUGGUGAUGCGUUAGAUAAGCUGAAGAAGUCCCUUCUGGAGCAGCAAGAGGUCAACAAGCAGCUGCGAGCCUACAUCGACGGCAUCCUGCUCAACAUCGUCGAAAACCACCCACAGCUUCUGGAAGUCAAGCAGCACCCCUGAGCGAGCCUGGGAACGUGCGGACGCGCUGUGAACCUGUGUCGAACUGAACUGCCGCUCAGACAGUCCGGGCGAACUGCUGCGUGGGCAAUCAGCUGUCUCUGAACUGCUGCGCGGACAAUCAGCUGUUUCUGAACUGCUGCGCGGACAAUCAGCUGUUUCUGAACUGCUGCGGGGAUAAUCAGCUGUAUCUGGACUGAAAUGUCAGCUAUGCAGCUGAACUGAUGACAAAAAGUUCAGAAAAGAGAAAAGACUGAGUGGUGAUACCGGUCAGUUCGACCGUGUGAGAUGAUGCUAUACCAAAUAUGUGGUGAUAUAACAGACACACAUGACCUAGGAGCUGAUGCGUUGCUCCCUCAGUGAGCGAAUCGUACUCACAUGAUGGCUUAUUCAGGAGAACACGAACUGACUGACUGUCAAAGUAAUGCUGUUCGUACAGGAUGAUGUGUCAUCUACAUUAUGUGUCACCUGACUGAAUGUGUCAGCUGUCACCUGACCUAAUGUGUCACUUGUCACCCGACCUAAUGUGUCACCUGUUACCUGACCUAAUAUGUCAACUCUUAGGUGUCGUCUCUUUAGCUUGCCACACGCCGGGUCUAAAAGACUUAUCUAAGGACAGCCUAAAGUGUCGAUGAGAUGGCAGUCCCGUAGUCACAGGCCGAAAGAGACUCCGAGCAUGGGGACAUCAUGUCCACAGCAGACACUCAACUCAACCAAAACAUCGAACUUAUGAGCCAGCCUAUACCGAGAGGAGCUACAUGACACAUCUGACACUACUUUUCGUCAAAACACCGCCACCGAAUCAGACGAGCUGUUCCACGGGACGAAGUGCUGCCAUCUGGCUCAGAGUCAGAUAACAGUUGAGCUGAGUUGAGUCACCGUAGUGCUCAAAACACGGCGAGCAGAAUCUGAUCAGCCAUGGAACCACCGUCCGUCCAUUUGUCGUCACAUCAGAUUGCUGAAGGAAGUUCAGCAGACGGUGUCGUACCCGCUGUAAGCAAAGACAACGUUUUACCCCCUUUUUAACCCGCGAGUUGCUGGGGGGGCGUUAAACGCCCCCACUUUUUUCGCCGGGCCAUAGCAUAAAAACGGCGCGCCGCAGGCGCGCCAAAUUUUGGGUACCUGUAGGGAAUUGAUUGAAGUUUAUUGUGACAAAGUUUCAAAAAAAUCGGUCGGAAAAUUUUUGAGAUAUCGAGGUUUUAGUGACGUCAUGAUUUCUGAGUUUUCGACCAAAAACGGCAUAUGUUCAAAAAAUCAUAUAAAAUCACAGAAUAGACAUACAGACAUGCCGUAAACGCCAUUAGACUGCCAAUACCAUGAUCAAUCAAAUGGCUAUCUUCGAUUAUUGAUUAUCGUUCCGCAUUUUCCAUAAUCUUGAACUGAAUCUUGGCAAUUUUUCGUGACUACUUCACGACCAUGAUACAUGCAUUUCUUAAAUUGAACUUUUUGAGCCAAACACGUACACAUAUGAUAAAAUGAAUGUCACCAUCGUGUUUUACGCCCCAAAUUACCUAUAAAACAUGUGUCACAGGCUGCGAAUAUCAGUUUUGAUUUUCGGGGAUAUGUGCCUACCCGGUUGACCUGACCUUGACCCUGACCUAUGCUUGACUGACCCCUACAUGGAGGUGACACUCUUGUAGGCCUUAUAUGAUGGAUUGUGCACCGUUUUGACAGAGUUUAUGACGAGAGGCGCCCAUUGCGAAGUCCUGAUGUCCAUGCUACUGAAAGCCCGAUUUCAGGUGUUUGACCUGACCUUGACCCGACCUGUGACCUCAAAAUUCAACUUUAAAGUACUCAUCUGAAGCGUCUCGUCGCGUUCUUUCGUUUGCCGCCUCGUGCGUUUCGCUGCGCCUAUUGGUUCUCGAGUUAUCGGCUGGGGGCGUUUAACGCCCCCCCCCCCCCAGCAAACGGUGGGUGGCGAAAUACCCCAGCAACUGCCGGGUUAAGGGUGCCUAGGUCAUUGGGCCGUGUAAAAGAGUGCUGUCGUGCUGAUAGUUCUGCCAAUGAAACAGGCUAGAUGGCUGACUUGCGAAUUACGAUGCUGUUUACCGGUAUUUUCUGUAGGUGGUAAUAUCAGUGCAGGAUCAGCUGUCCGUUACAUCAAUGAAAAUUGCUUAUGUGUGUAUGCAGCGGUGUAGAUGUGAAUGUGUGAAAUAUGCGAUGCGAUGUUACGCAGGAAAUAUUCAAUGUUGAAUGAAUGCAUCGUAUCUUGUGCAUCGACAAGCUGUUGGCACAUGUAAUUAGGUAUCAAAUGAUCUAUAUUUUUGUGGAAUUUCUUUCUCUCUGUCCAGUCCAUGUACGGUGUCGUUGUGUUUCUUUACAUUUUCCGUCUGGCCAUGGUGAGAAGGUGUGAUCAAAAAAGAUCACCAAAGUCAAAAGUGAACAAUGUGUUUAGGAGAGAUGUUGUGAAUGAUGAAGUGAGCUGCCUGGCUUAGCAUGGUGUAGUACAAGAGCGAAACAGAAGGUCGAUUGGUGCUAUCGUAAUGGAACAUGCAAACAAUAAAAACAAAGACUUUG